GUGGAAACCGCUGCGAGGGCCUCCUGCAGGUGCAGUCCCUGGGGCAGCAGGGCCUGGUGUGUGGGGACCGCUGGGGCCUGCGGGAGGCAUCUGUGAUUUGCAGGCAGCUGGGCUGCGGUCGUGCCCUCUAUGUCCCCACAUACGUGGUGUGGCCCCAGGAGGCCCAGCAGUCCUUGCUGCAGGGCGUGCAGUGCCAGGGUGUGGAGGCCUCGCUCUGGGACUGCUCCCUGGGGAAGUGGGGGUCGCCGCACGGCUGUGAGUGUGAGUGCAUCGGUGCAGUCCACUGCUCAGGUAGGACGGGUGCCCCGGGAGCCACUUCUGCCAGUCUGUGGCCCUGUCCCCACCCACGAUCUUCACUUUGGGGAGGAGGGUUGUUGCCUGAGUCCCCCAGGGUGGAAGACAAGACCCUUCUUCCUGGGGUGCCUGUGACUCCAGUGCUGUGACCCUCAGACCCUCAUGGCACUGUAUGACCCCACGUGUCCCCUCCAAAGGCCCAGACAGCACAGCACAACUGAGCAACACAUUACACACCCAGGCCAGCCCUGGCCGGGACUCCAGCCCGAGUUCAGUCCUUCUGGGUUCAAUUGACUCCUGGAGACCAUCAAGCACUGGGGGCCAGUGGUGACCACAGGACCUUCUGAGGAGGAAAGCUGGCCUCCUUGGAGCUGAGUGGCGGAGGCAGCCCCUGUGCGGGAACCCCCAUGAUCCGGAUAACAGAAGGCCCUGUGAUAAGGUGCGGCUUGCACCAGAAGGAGGCCAGCAUCUUCUGCAGAAGGCUGGGGUGCGGCCCAGCGCUCCAGGCAUCCAGGCCCCACCUCACAGGGCACCCAGGCUGGCUGGGCUCGAAAAUCAUUUCCUGCCAGGGAACAGAGUCCAGCAUCUUCAACUGCAGGUUCAACCUGAACUUCCUGGACCUCUGUGACCUCCCAACAGACUCUGAGGUGGUGUGUGCAGGACACACCGAGGCCCGGCUGGUGGGCGGCGAGCACCCCUGCGCCGGGCGCCUGGAGGUGAGGCGGGGCCUGACCUGGGGCACCGUCUGCGACUCGGACCUGGACCUGGCCACGGCCCACGUGGUGUGCCGGGAGCUGCAGUGCGGGGCGGCGGUGUCCACGCCCGAGGGCGCCCGCUUCGGCCGGGGCUCGGGGCCGGUGUGGACCGAGGCCUUCCGCUGUGCGGGCAACGAGUCGCUGCUGUUCCACUGCCCGCGGGGGCGCGGGAGCCGGUGUGGGCCCGGCCGCGACGCGGGGCUCAGGUGCACGGGGGCAAAGUUCAGGAUGGUCAACGGCAGCAGCAGCUGUGAGGGCCGCGUGGAGCUCCAGGUGCGGGGGUCCUGGGCACCCCUGUGUGCCACCCACUGGGACAUAGCAGAUGCCACCGUCCUCUGCCACCAGCUCAACUGUGGCAACGCGGUGGCCGCACCUGGAGGAGGCCAUUUUGGGGACGGGGACGCUGCCAUCUGGCCUGAUGCCUUUCACUGUGAGGGGACAGAGCCCUACUUGUGGAAUUGCCCAGUAAGCACCCUGGGGGCCCCGGCCUGUGCCCCGGGAAACACAGCCUCCGCGGUCUGCUCAGGUUUGCCCCACGCCCUGCGACUGAGGGAAGGACAGAGCCGCUGUGACGGCCGCGUGGAGGUCUCCCUGGAUGGCGUGUGGGGCCGCGUCCUGGACGAUGCCUGGGACCUGCGCGGCGCGGGCGUGGUGUGCCGGCAACUCGGGUGCGGAGGGGCCGAGCAAGCCUAUGACGCACCUGCCCCCAGCCGCGGAUCCGUCCAGGUGGCGCUGAGCCGCGUGCGCUGUCUGGGCACCGAAACCCGCCUGACACAGUGCAACGUGUCCGCGACCCUGCAGGAGCCCGCGGGGACCUCGCGGGACGCCGGCGUGGUGUGCUCCGGGAGCCUCGGGGUGCGGCUGGCCGCGGGGCCGGGGCGCUGUGCGGGGCGCGUGGAGGUGCUGCACGGGGGCGCGUGGGGCACCGUGUGUGACGAUGCCUGGGACCUGCGGGACGCGCACGUGGUCUGCAGGCAGCUGGGCUGUGGCCGCGCCCUGAGCGCCCUGGGGGCCGCACACUUCGGAGCCGGGGCAGGGCGCAUCUGGCUGGACGAGCUGGGCUGCCAGGGCCACGAGUCUGCGCUGUGGCAGUGCCCGUCGGCGGGCUGGGGGCGGCACGACUGCAGGCACAAGGAGGACGCCGGCGUCUUCUGCUCAGAGUUCACGGAUCUGAGGCUGCAGGACGACAGGCAGCCAUGCACAGGGCGACUGGAAGUUUUCUACAAUGGGACUUGGGGUGGUGUCUGCCGGACCCUGAGUGCGGCCUCCCUGGGGGUCCUGUGUGGGCAGCUGGGCUGUGGGUCCCACGGGCAGCUGCAGGCCGGGGCAGGAAGCCGGUCUGCCCCUGAGUUUCUCUGGGUGGGCUCCAUCCAGUGCAGGGACAGGCAUGACCGGUCCCUGUGGCAGUGCCCGUCAGCCCCCUGGGACCAGCAUUCAUGCUCCAGCAGAGAGGAAGCGUGGGUCGUGUGCACAGAAAAGGCAGGAGAAGUUCCUGAGGACCCUGGGGAGCCCCUCAACUGCUCCUCCUGGCUCGGCUGCCCAGAGGAGGGCGCACUGCGCGUGCGCGGGGGCGAGGACCGCUGCUCCGGGCGCGUGGAGCUCUGGCACGCGGGCUCCUGGGGCACCGUGUGCGACGACGGCUGGGACCUGGCGGACGCGGAGGUCGUGUGCCGCCAGCUGGGCUGUGGUCGGGCCGUCGCCGCCCUGGGGGCCGCCGCCUUUGGCCCUGGCUCCGGGCCCGUGUGGCUGGACGAGGUGGGGUGCCGGGGCAGCGAGGCGUCCCUGUGGGGCUGCCCUGCGGAGCGGUGGGGACGCGGAGACUGCGCGCACAAGGAGGACGCGGGCGUGCGCUGCUGGGAGCCUGGCCCAGGCCCCCCACUGCCUGCAGCUCCCUUCCAGACAUUCUGGGUGGUCAGUGUCGUCCUGGGAGCCCUUCUUGGUCUUCUCCUUCUGGGCCUCAUGGCCUUUCUGAUUCUGCCUCGAGUCACACAAGCCAUGCAGAGGGGUCUGGGAAGAUCCGAGGUAUCUCCUGGAGAAGCCAUCUAUGAUGUCAUUGGGGAAAUGCCGCUAGCAGGACUGUACGAGGAAAUCAUGGAGGCCGAGGCUGUGCUCCAAGAUGAGGAGGACGGAGGUGUGGUGAAGGUGGACACAGAAGCCGCAGUUUCAGGGGAGGUGUCUAACCUCCUGGAGGGACAGUCUGUACGUGCGGAGGGAGGACACAGCAGACCUGUUUCUCAGGGAUAUGACGAGGCUGCGUUUCCUCUGGAGGAGAUGACGUUGUAAAGCACCCUGAGGAUGAGAUACACCAGCUGGCUGUCGAAAUCACAGCUCUUCAUUUUCUUGUACAAUUGUAGUGGAUUUCAUGAGAACACCUUGGAUGCCUUUCUCUUGCAAUGUCCUCCACGUCCAUAUAAAAUCCAGUCCUUCCAGGCCCUGCCUGGCUCUAACCCUCAACCCCUUCGAGGGCCAUCUGCUGUGGACAGUUGUGCUGUGUAACCUUCAGAUUUCCCACACAUUACAGCAAAUGCAAAUACACAUAGAAAUCAGUGGUUCCAUUUGUGGUUUAGAGACACAUGGUGCCAUCUUCAUCUUCCGCGCCACAGCUCGCUUCUGGCACCCAGCAGUGGGUUGCAGAGCUCCCCAUGCCAGAACCUUCUUCUUUUUUCUUAAAAACUCUUCUUAAUUAAAUCCAAAGUAUCUUUUAAAUGUUCUACUUGUGUAAUCAUGUCAUCCGUGAAUAUUCAGAUUUAUCUUCUCCUUCCAAUCUGUGUACAUUUAAUCUCUUUUUCUGUGCCUUAUUUCAGGGGCUGGGACCCUUCAGUCCAGUGUUGAAGAGAGGCAGCCAGUGGAGGUCUUGUCUCAUUCAUGGACUCAGAGCAAAUGUGUUCCACAUUUAAUUUCACUAUGAAAUAUAAUAUUUGAUGUUCGGUUUUGUAGAUGCUAUUUAUCAGAUCAAGGAAAGCCCAGUCUAUACCUAAUUUGUUAAGGGUUUUGCAUUUUAUCAUAAGUGUUGACUUUUAUCAAAUUCUUUUUUGUAUCUAUUAAGAUGAUACAUAAUUGAUUUUCAUAUGUGAAAUUAACCAUGGGUUAAACAAACUUACCUUUAUCAUGAUAUAUUAUUCUUUUUGUAUUUCACAGGAAUUAGUUUGGUAGUAUGUUGGGUCAAUGUUUAAAAAAGAAAAUGAUGUGUAACUUUUUUCUUUUGUUGUAGUAUUUCUGUUUAAUUUUUGGUAUGAGGAUUAUUCAGGUCUCAUAAGAGUUAGGAGUAUAUUCUCUUUUAAAAAAUAUUUGCUAAUUUACACUCCCACCAACAGUGUAAAAGUGUUCUUAUUUCUCCACAUCCUCUCCAGCAUCUGUUGUUUCCUGACUUUUUAAUAAUCGCCAUUCUAACUGGCAUGAGAUGAUAUCUCAUUGUGGUUUUGAUUUGCAUUUCUCUAAUGACCAGUGAUGAUGAACUUUUUUUCAUAUGUUUGUUGGCUGCAUAAAUGUCUUCUUUUGAGAAGUGUCUGUUCAUAUCCUUCACCCACUUUUUGAUGGGGUUGUUUGCUUUUACCUUGUAAAUUUGUUUAAGUUCCUUGUAGAUUCCGGACAUUAGCCCUUUGUCAGAUGGAUAGAUUGCAAAAAUUUUCUCCCAUCCUGUAGGUUGCCUGUUCACUCUGAUGACCUAUCAAUGAUAGACUGGAUAAAGAAAAUGUAGCACAUAUACACCAUGGAAUAUUAUGCAGCCAGAAAAAAGGAUGAGUUCAUGUCCUUUGCAGGGACAUGGGUGAAGCUGGAAAACAUCAUUCUCAGCAAACUAACACUGGAACAGAAAACCAAACACUGCAUGUUCUCACUCAUAAGUGGGAGUUGAACAAUGAGAACACAUGGACACGGGGAGGGGAACAUCACACACUGGGGCCUGUCAGGGGGUGGGGGGCUAGGGAAGGGAUAGCAUGAGGAGAAACACCUAAGGUAGAUGACGGGUUGAUGGGUGCAGCAAACCACCACGACACGUGUAUACCUAUGUAACAAACCUGCACAUUCUGCACAGGUACCCCAGAACUUAAAGAAUAAUUUAAAAAAAUUUG